UUCCCCCUUGAUGUUGAACUUCGUCUCAAAAAAGGCAACGAGAUAUACAGGCAGACCAAAACUCCCAUUGUCCCCCCAAGAGAAAUGAAAUCUGCCAUUUGUACUGCGUUAGUUGAAUCAAUAUUUGAAUCUGGUUGCUACCCAGAAAAGCAAGAUAUGAAGUUUUAUGCUGCAGCACUAGUAGAAAAGCACCCAUGUCUCACAGAAGAUGGUCCUGGGAGCGGGUAUGAUGGAUGGCUUGUAAGCCUUUGGUUUAAAGUUGGGAACUAUCGGAGUAAGUUGCGUAAAGCAGGACAUGCAGAAGUGAGCGUGAACAAAAGACAACAAGAAGAAGGGUUUCGCCUCAAGAAAGCAAGAAGAGCAGAGACAAACUUUUUACCACCCCAUCCCGAAGGCCAAUCUGAUGAGACCCUUGAGGACUUAAGACUGCAAAUAAUUAAAGAAACCGAAAAGAAGAAGUUUGAUAGCACCUUUGUUAAAGAAACAAUGGCUCUAACCUUUUCCCUCCGACGUCAAGAGGUGGUUGACAUCCAGCCUCUGGUUACCGUAUUGAGAGACAGAUGGCCUGCUCUGUUCUUCAAAGAUGAGAUUUGCCGGGAAUUCUACCGGAUUACCAACAUAGACCUCAUGGUAACAUUCCAGUCAUCACUUGAAAAAUUUACUCCAGCACUACUGAAGUAUUACCGGAAGAAGAAGGAGCUGACUGCACUGCUUGCUCCUCUAGACGACCAGGUGUCAGACAUUGUGGACCUUCGGAAAAGAGUUGCCUUGGAAGGACUACCUCUCGUCCUAAAAGAGGAGUCUGGAUGCCUUUUUCGGAAAUGUUUGGAUACUGAUGCAGAAGACGACAUCUACACACGAGAUGUGAAGAUUGGCAUCCUCACAGUGCUGGAGGAUGAUGUUGCUGCCAAGAAGUCGCUUCCUACGGUAAUAAACAUUGCAAUCGUUCUGGAAGAGACUGUGGUCCUAGAGGACAUUCAAGACUUGCCAUCCGCCGUUGCGUACCUGUUUGGGCUCAUGUACGCCACAAAUAUGGAAUACCCAAAGGACCUUUGCUACACGUUCGAGGUGAUCCAGAGGGUAUUUCUGGAACUUGAUGCCCAGACCUGCUCAUCCAGAACGCUUUCUCUUCGGCGUAAGUUGUACGAACUGUUAAGAUAGGCGUGUGUGUGUGUGUGGACGGACGGACCUUCAGAGAAUGUGAAACCUUGUGAAUCCCAAGACACUGAAAUCACUUAAACACACAAAUAUUAUUUUAUUUGUUUUUCUAUGUUUGUUAUUUGAUAACUGCUCUGCUGAAAUAUGAAUAUAAAAAGUUUGGGCUCAAACUAAGUGCAGGCCGUUGAACUGUUCUGGUGAAGACAUUGUUUUAGCCUACCUCCUACUUUUCUCUGAAAGUACCAUGUUUUUGGAGGUGGCUCCAUUUUGUUUUCCUGAUUGUGACCCCAAGACUCUGAGACAAUCUAUGUGGUUUUGAGUGAAGCGCUUUAGUUAUUUGCCAGUAUGUCUCUCUGUAUUAUGUCUUUCUCCAUAAUGGCUACACACUGACACACACACACACACACACACACACAGGCAAACACAUACACACACGCACACCAUACAUUUACAAAAUGCAACCAUGCACGUACACACACACAGGCACAAUUUACAGAUCUAGAAAAUGCAGCUAUUGGAGGCUAGCUGUGUUUGAUAGUUCUGUAUAUUGUGUGUGUGUAUGUGUGUAUGUCAUGGCUACAUUGUGAAUCCCAAGACACUGACAGCACUUAAACACACAUAGAUUAUUUUAUGUAUUUUUGUUUGAUAUUUGAUAACUGCACUCAGAUAUUGACACAUUUGGGCUCAAGUGCAGGCUGUUGAAUUGUUUUAGCGAGUUGGCUCCAUUUUGUUUUACUGAUAGUGAUAGUCUCAGAGUCUUGGGGUCACAAUCUAUGUGGUUUUGAGUGAAGCAAAGUUUACAGUUAUUUGCCAGUAUGUCUCUGUCCUUCACCAUAAUGGCUGAUAGGGGAACACAUGCACACACGCGCACUUACACAUGAUAUACUGAUCUGGAAAAUGCAGCCAUUGGAGGCUGGCAGCGUUUUUUAGAUCUGUAUAUUUUAUGUAUGCCAUGGUUACAUAGUGAAUCCCAAGACACUGAAAGCACUUAAACACAAAUACUCUUUCAUCUGU